AUGAGCUCCAUUCCACUUUUUCGUACGCCUGAAGAGAUCACAGCAGAACUAGAAAGGCAGCAGCAAGAAGAUGAUGAGUUUGAAGAAUCGUGUUCAGAAGAUGAGGAUGGAUUAUUGAUGAAUGAUGAUGAUGUGGACGAUGAGUUUGAUGCUGAAGGACCAAGACAUGAUACUCAGAUGGAGAUAGAUCCAGAGAAUAGAGAAUUUUUGAUUGGGAAGGAUGGCGAGACUAUAUGGACCAAUAAGACUCUACAAUCACCAUUUGGACGGACUCCAGCAAGGAAUAUAAUAACACACUUUCCUGGUGCCAAAGGAAUAGCUAAAGAUCUGAAGAAAGAGAUUGAUCUAUUUUCUUUGUUUGUCACUGAAGAAAUGAUGAACAUUUUGGAACGUUAUACAAACGAAGAAAUAGAGAGAAAAUGCUCCAAACAUGAAUGGUUGGCCAAAGAAAGGUACACACACCCUACCAAUGUUCCAGAAAUAAAGGCUCUGAUAGGACUUUUGUUUAUGGCUGGAGAGUUGAAAAAUUCUGGACUGAACCUACAAGACCUGUUUUCACCAAUUCAUGGACCACCAAUUUUUCGCUAUGGGAUGUCAAAAAAUCGUUUUCAGUUUCUUCUUCUAACUCUUCGCUUUGAUGAUAAAAACAGUCGUGCUGAGAGAAAAGCUAAUGAUAGAUUUGCUGCUUUCAGAGAGUUUUGGGAAUUAUUCUUGAAAAAUUGUAGAGCUUACUACACUCCAUCAGAAUAUGUAACAGUUGAUGAGACUCUACUCAGUUUCAGGGGACGAUGCAUAUUCCGGAUGUACAUGAAGAAUAAACCGGACAAGUACGGUCUAAAAAUAGUUUCCCUAUGCGAUGCAAAAACGUAUUACUUCUUAGGAGGUAUACCAUAUCUUGGUAAAGAGAGGAGAGAGAUUGAAAAUGUGUCGAAACCCACAAGUUAUGUCCUGAAUCUAGUAGAUUCUCUGAAGAAUAGUAAUAGGAACGUCACCACAGAUAACUGGUUCACGUCCUGUGAGUUGGCAGACAAACUAACAAGCAAGAAACUCACACUAGUAGGAACGAUGCGAAAGAAUAAAAGAGAGAUUCCACCAGAGUUUUUGGAAACAAAGGGUGCUCCAGUAAUGUCAUCUCGAUUCCUAUACGACCCUGAAAAGAUGAUGGUUUCCUUCACUCCAAAGAAAAAUAAGAACGUAAUACUUCUUUCAUCAAUGCAUGGUGAUGGCUUCGUGAAUGAAGUAACAAAAAAGCCAGAGAUAAUAGAAUUCUACAACAUGACAAAGGGGGGAGUUGAUGUAUUUGAUCGUCUAUGCCAUGAAAAAACUACUAAACGCAAAACAAGCCGUUGGCCUAUGCGAUAUUUUUAUGGAGUUCUGGAUUUUGCAGGAGUGAAUGCUUAUGUGCUCCAUAAAAUUAAUAAUGUUCAAGAUACCUAUUCUUCACGUGUCAGAGGAACAUUUUUGAAAACCUUGGCCACUGAUUUGGUUGAACCAUGUUUGAAGGUGAGAGCCCAAAAUGCCAGACUUCCCAAAAUGCUUCGCUUGUCAAUCAAACAUCAUCUAGGUGAAGAGCAACCUCAACGUCCAGUUCAACCACAGGAUACAAGGAAACCGAGAAGAUGUGACGUGUGUAAUGAAGGGAGCAAAACAAAGGAUAGGAAAGGCUAUGCAUUCUGUGAGAAAUGUGGGAAAUGCUUAUGUGGUGAGCAUAAAAAAGUAAUUUGUAAUGGCUGCCUGAAUAAUGAUGAUUCAGAUUGA